AUGGUCUUCAUCAAAACCAUUUUCUUUCUUCUGUUCCAGCAUUUUGUUAUAACAUCUUGUAAUGCAGUUAUAGGUCAUCACCACACUCCUCAUCACUCUUUAUUAAGAGAUAAGGCUGCUCUUCUACAGCUCAAGAAGGCCAUUACAUAUGAUCCAAAUUCCACUCUAGCUAAUUGGAAUGAAGGUACUGAUGUUUGCAACUUCACCGGUGUAGGCUGCAACAAACAGCGUCAUCGUGUAACUGAACUCCUUCUGCAUGAUCAUAAGCUUGUAGGGAAGCUUUCACCUAUCAUUUCAAAUCUAACCGGCCUUCGUUACUUGGAGCUUGUAGGCAAUCACUUUUACGGAACUCUCCCUCCUGAAAUUUCCUUGCUCAGACGCCUGCAUCAUUUACGGAUUGAGGGGAACAACUUUCCUGGUUCUAUACCAGAUUCCUUAGUCCUUCCUUCACAACUCACUGUUGUUACUCUUUUGCAAAACAAUUUCUCUGGUGCAGUUCCACCUGCACUCUUCUCCAACUGCUCUGUCUUAAGGGUUUUGGAUAUUUCCAACAACUUUCUUUCAGGAAAAAUUCCAAGAGAAAUCGGGAAUUGUCCAAACCUAUGGACCCUCAAUUUAUACAACAAUCAAUUCACUGGAGAAAUUCCUUUCUCUUUGACUAAUACCUCGUUGGUCAAUCUAGACGUCGAGUUCAAUCAUCUUUCUGGUGAAUUGCCCGUCAAACUUGUGGAGAACUUGCCUCACAUUCUGUAUCUUCACUUGUCAAACAAUGACAUGGUAAGCCAUGAUGGAAACACCAAUCUCGAUCCAUUCUUCACUGCCCUUGCAAAUUGCACUAGUCUAGAGGAGCUUGAACUGGCGAGUAUGGGACUCGGAGGAACAUUACCUAGUUCCAUUGGAGGACUUGGUGUCAACUUUACAAAUCUGUUGCUGCAAGAAAACCAACUGAUUGGAUCAGUUCCUUCAAAUAUAGGUAACAUAUCUAAGCUUGUGGUCCUGAAUUUGACCUCCAAUCUUAUGAAUGGAACAAUUUCAGCAAACAUAAGUCACUUGUCACACUUGGAACAGCUUUUCUUAUCUCACAACUUUUUCACCAGCACCAUACCAGAAGCACUUGGCCAUCUUCCUCACCUAGGCCUGCUUGAUCUGUCUCAUAAUUCGUUCUUCGGAAAUAUUCCAAGCAGUCUAGGAAAUUUAGCCAGGCUGAAUUAUCUGUUCCUCAACAACAACCUCCUAUCUGGAACCAUCCCUCCCGCAUUAGGACGCUGCACAGAACUGUACAGGCUUGACUUAUCAUUCAACAGAUUGGCAGGGUUAAUCCCCCCGGAAUUAUCAGGUUUGAGUGAGAUCAGAAUUUUCAUAAACCUCUCACACAAUCAUCUUGAAGGGUCUAUACCGAUUGAGCUCAGCAAGCUAGAAGAUGUUCAAGAGAUGGAUCUCUCAUCAAAUAACCUGAGUGGGAGUAUCUUUCCACAGAUAUCAAGCUGUAUCGCAUUGACUCUGAUAAACUUCUCACACAAUGCUUUGGAAGGGAGCCUCCCAGAUUCCAUAGGUGAGCUAAAGAACCUUGUGUCUUUUGAUGUUUCAGAUAACCACCUGUCCGGAAAGAUUCCGAUGAGCCUCAACAAGAGUCGGACACUCACAUAUCUAAAUCUUUCAUAUAAUGACUUCGAAGGAAAGGUUCCUUAUGGUGGCAUAUUUGAAUUAGUGUCAGAUACCUCUUUCUUGGGCAACAAGCAUCUUUGUGGAAAACUUGCUGCGAAACAUGUUUGCCCUCGGACAAAGCAUUUGUUUCGUUCUCGUAUAUUCUUAAUAAUAUUCGUCAUAGUGAUAUUCAUUUCAACAUCCUUAUCAAUCAUAUGUUGUGUGAUUGCGUUCCGCCGCGUUAAGGUAUUGGUUUCACCCCAGAAGGCUGCAACUGUAAAGAAGCCAACACAACCUGAAGUGAUUCUGAAUUUCCCAAGAGUUACAUACCGAGAUUUGUCAGAGGCCACCGGUGGAUUUGAUGAUCAGAGACUGAUUGGGACGGGGAGCUAUGGACGAGUCUACAGGGGAGUUCUUCCAGAUGGGACAACCAUAGCAGUCAAGGUGUUACAUUUACAAUCUGGAAAUUCAACAAAGAGUUUUAACAGAGAAUGCCAAGUCUUAAGGAGAAUAAGGCACAGGAAUCUUAUAAGGAUCAUAACAGCGUGCAGUCUACCAGAUUUCAAGGCUAUUGUUCUUCCUUAUAUGGCAAAUGGUAGCUUGGAUAGUCGUCUCUAUCCACAUUCACAGGCCGGUCUAGGUUCAGGCUCUUCUGAUCUGAGUCUCAUUCAGAGGGUCAAUAUUUGUAGUGACAUUGCGGAAGGGAUGGCCUAUCUUCAUCAUUACUCUCCGGUCAGAGUUAUACACUGUGACCUGAAACCAAGCAAUGUUCUUCUCAACGAUGACAUGACUGCUUUAGUUUCUGACUUUGGGAUUGCAAGAUUAGUGAUAGCCGGAGGAGCAGGAGGAGGAAAUGCAGCUGGUCUUGAGAACAUGGGGAACUCUACUGCUAAUAUAUUAUGUGGAUCUAUUGGAUACAUAGCACCAGAUGACAUGUUUGUUGGGGGACUAAGCCUGCACAGCUGGGUAAAGAACCAUUAUCAUGGAAGGAUUGACAAAGUGGUCGACUCUUCCUUGUUGAGAGCUUCUAGAGAUCAGUCACCUGAGGUGAAAAAGAUGUGGGAUGUUGCCAUAGAAGAAAUGAUAGAGUUGGGUAUUCUUUGCACUCAAGAGUCCCCUUCGACUAGGCCUACAAUGGUCGAUGCUGCAGAUGAUUUGGAUCGGCUGAAGAGAUAUCUUGGUGGGGAUACUACUGCGACAUUUGCCUCUUCAUUAGGAAUUUCUUCAUCUACCAUAGACGACGACUAG